CAGGGGGUUGCACCUGAGCAGGGUGCACCGGGGGUCGAUCUGCAGUAUGAAGGUCUGGAGAGUGAAGAAGUCCGUCCAGCAAACAGGGCUGUCGGUUUGGAGCAGGGAAGGCGUGACUCUAACGGGAGGUUUGGUAUGCCUGAUGCAUUUGACUUAAGCAUAUUUCGUGAGGUUGUUGGUCAGACUGCAGUGGGAGACAAAGUACCAGUUCAAGUUGUGCAGGACUGGCUUCACAACAUUAUCUACCUGCCAUCGAAUGCAAUGACAGGUAGUCUGAGGACCUCGAUGCUGAAGUGGGUAAAGUACAGGGAUUCGUCUACUUUUCAUGUGGGUCUGCAACAGCAACUUAUGAAAGAAAUGUUGUAUCUGAAUAUGAACUACAGGUCAGGGGGUAAGCCUUUGUGCUUUCCAGGGAAAUCUGUUCUCCUUAAGUACCCCAUUUUUUGGAGAUGUGUAGGUAACAACAUGUUUGAACUUGUUCGUUUAGCUGGCAGGGACACACGUGCAGGCCAGGGCAUGCAGUGGCUAGUUCAGCUUGUCGCCCCAGAGCAGGUUCAUGGUUUGCCUGUCAACAUCCUCUCGGAUUUGCUGUCGUUUGCCAAUGCAUGGUACGUGGAGAUUGAGGGUGAGCCUGAUGCUAGCCAGGCCAGAAAGGCAAUAGUAGAAAAGCUUGCAGUACUGGGGGUUUGUGAGCCUACUGCUGCACCCGCUUACAUUAGGGAGUCGGUCCGUGUCUUGGAGGCACAAGUUGAGGUUGGGCGUGUCAAUGAUGACCCAGGGGCAGGGGUGGACUCAAGAGAUGCAGCCAUGCUUGGGUUGGGGAUCACAUCAACUGGGAUGAGUGGCCUGAUUAGAGAUGUGUCUAGGUUGAACCGUGUGCCUUCCUCUAACAAUAGCAAUGAUGAUUCUCCUGACAUGGAUGGGGCUGCCGGAAGCAGGGGUAAUGGGGAGGGGGGGGGCGGGGCAGCAUAAUCUGGCUGGCCAGGGGCCGCAUGCUGCAUUUGGUCCAGUCAGGGAUCCAUUGUCUUCUGUGUUCACCAAGCGUAUUUAUAGCAGAGGUGACGAUGCGCUGAGGAGCCGUUUUCCAGAGGAUGGAAUGCUCCCUGAAGAG